ACGAGGGAUAGGGCCAGAUGGGACGUUGACGAGGCGUGGGCGCUCGCAACUUCACCCCUUGGCGACGACGACGAAGACGUGCGACGUGCUGAAGCAGGCGGCCGGCAUGACGUUGCGCCGCGCGCUGCCGAAGCGCGUACCGCCCUGGAGCGUCACGUGACGCCCCACAGCCGCCCGUUGCGGGCACGCCCCGAACGCCAACGGCGCAUCGUCGUCCGGUCGCCGGCCGCCAUCUUGUGUGUCGCUCCUUUCCCGUCCCGCCUGUCGUGCCUGGUCGUCUUGCUGCUCGUGUUCCUGCUGGCGUGCCUGUUCUCAGCGGCGUCGGCGUACGACAACGCUUGCGCGGCUGUUCACGAGACCCCGUGCCGAUCGAAUCCAAUCCUGAACGAAGUGGUGCCGCCCAACUACCAUGGCUCCGAGGCACCGACAUCCGCAACAGGCGGGCCAGUACAAAUCUAUGUGUCCUUCCAGGUCAUGGAUAUCGACGAUAUCAGCGAAGAGAACAUGGCGUUCCGCAUCCACAUGUUCGUUGUGGACCUGUGGCGCGACGACCGACUGAACCUGAGCCGCUUCCUGGACGACAUCGCCUCCUCUGCCAACACGAGCGCCGAGGGGCCGCGCAGGCACGCCUCGCGCGUGCUGCCCGACGAAGUGCGCGCGGCCCUCUGGAAGCCCGACCUGAUCUUCGUCAACUCCAAGAACGGCUACCUCUUCGAGCACUCGGUGCCCAACACGUUCGUCAAGGUGCUCGAUACCGGACACCUCUACCGGUCGUCGAGGUAUCUCUUUCAAGUGGACUGCCUGAUGGAACUCCAAAAGUACCCAAUGGACACGCAGAACUGCUACCUCAAAGUAGGACUCAUGUCCACGCCCGAGGACACGGCCACCCUGCACUGGAUGGAUGACCCCGGCAGUCCGCAGCGCAACUUCUCGGCCGCCAUUCGCCUCCUGGAGGACAUCAAGCCCCUGCAAUUCGACCUCAAGCUUCCCGUGGCACACUCGGCCACUGAAGCGUGGAUGUUCGAGAACUACACGUACCUGUACGCCAACUUCACCUUCGUGCGCCGACUGACGGCGUCCAUCGUGAACACGUACAUCCCGAGCGGCCUGGUGGUCAGUCUGUCCUGGCUGACCUUCUGGCUGGACGUGUCGGCCGUGCCGGCCAGGAUCACCCUGGGCGUCACCUCCAUCCUGACGCUGGCCACCCAGGUGGUGCAGUCGCGCAGCUCCCUGCCGCCCGUCGACUACCUGAAGGCCGUCGACGUGUGGCUCUUCGUGUGCCUCGUCAUGGUGUUCGCCUCGUUGCUCGAGUACGCCGUCGCCUACAACUUCGAGAAGAUACUGGCCCUGGAACGGAAACGGAAGACCGAGUCACUUCCGGCCGCGAUACGGGUGACGCCCUCUGCCCGAAUCACGCCGCAGGCGUGGCAGAGUGACGGCGUGGGUUCGGCGGCACCGCCUCCCCCCAACUCGCGACCUCCUUCCUCCAGCACGCACGUGGACACCGCAAUGGCCUCUGGGAGCAGCGCGCCAUCUGACGGUGCGACGGCCAACAACCACAACCACGCCCUUGUCACACCGUCCGUGGUGACACUGAGCGUGCCCAACUCCGUGCACAGGCCGGAGACUAACAACGUGGCUCCACCAAGGCCAAUCAAGACGGGCCGGCGACGCAUCUUCCAGCGCAGCUUCACGCUGGGCCAGCUGUGGCAAAAGACCAAUCUUCUGGACAAGGUGUCCCGCAUCGCUUUUCCCGCCGUCUUCUUCUUCUUCAUGCUGAUCUACUGGUCCUACUACCUCUGGUGAAAGCCCUCGUUCUCCGCAGAAGUGCGUGCCGUAUGUGUUCGGGGUGAACUCAGUUUGUCGACGGCCUUACGCAGUGUUUCGUUGAUGACGCCUUCGUUGUAUACUCGCUGCUGGUGUGUGUUUGAAAGAAAAGUCUAACGUGGAACUGGUGUAUGAAUAAAACGCUGCUACUGGUUGUU